AUGUCAAUCUAUCUUUCAGUUGAAAACCGGGGUCUAGCAGGAUAUGGCCAAAUUGUUUCGUCUGCUUGUGAUACUAUAGUUACUGCCUACAGCAACUUCUACGUUGAAAACUAUGAAACGUAUAUUGGAAACUAUUUUAUAUACAGACUGAAGCAGGAGUAUACUGAACUUACAAUGCCAUUGGUCAAUAAGAUUGUAUAUGGUUAUGCCCUAGAGGAUGAAGUCUUAGAGAACGAUACAAGGUCAAAUAUGCCAGAGGAUUUUAUUACAGAAAAUGUCCUUGACAGCGCACCAAAUCUACAAGCAUUUUUAAACGAUAUUAUUCAGCCAGUUAGGAACAGUGCACAUCGACUCCCACUUUCAAGAGAAGAAGUGACCAAAAACCCGUUCAUUGCUCCAUCAGUAAUGAGUUACAUUCUCCAGUUUUACGAGCAGGUCAACAUACAGUUGCAGAAGAAUGCACAACCAGCAACAACAGAACAACCAUCAGCGCAAACGGGUGAGUUGGUCCGCCCUCAGCCAGCACAAAUACGACAUCCCAGGAGGCCUCGCCUGUUUUCUUUGUUUCCCACCAGCCCUAGCUUUAAAUGA